CUGUUUGUUCCUGCUUUCAGAUCCUGAUAAAGUUUACAACCUGAUAGUAUCAGACAACACGUAUGAUUCAUUGGUGGUCAAAUGGGAUACACCUAAGGGAGACUUCACGGAUAUUAUUGUGAGAGCUACAAACAGCAGUAAUGACUCCUGGACUGAUUUCAAAUUUGAAUUUGACUUCAAAGGCGGACUCCAUUGAGGCUAUCUGGACACCUCCUAACAGUAGUUACACAUCUUUCACCAUCACGCUCUCUCUGAAUGGGAAACAUGAACAAACUAAAACAGAGAUAAAUAACAAAGUGAGUUUUGCUAAUCUGAAGAAUGCUGCCAAUUACACUGUGGAAGUCCGCACAGUGAGUGGAAAUCUUAUUAGCUCAUCAGUGAGUGCCUCCAUAUUCACCCUGCCAAGCCCUCCUACUGAUGCCAAAGCCACUCAGUUUACAAAAGACAGCAUCACCUUUUUGUGGAACGCACCUGCUAACUCAUUAACACCAACGUACUAUGUUACACUCAACUCCAGCUUCUGGGGUCAGAGGUGGUCUAGUCUAACCAGUGAAAAAAAUUAUACGUUUAAUGGCUUGAAAUCAGGGACUUACUACUCCUUUGAAGUGCGUGCAGUGGCUGAUGGACGGCAAAGUGAUCCAGCAAACACUUUAAAAUGCACAGAACCAGACAAAAGGGAAAUCAGUCUGUCAAUGCUCUGCACCUCGAGCUCUCCCCUCCUCUGUGAUGAUGCCAAUACGAGGGAUGCUGUGUUUGAACAGUUGAAGGAAUUUUUCGAAAAGCUGAAUGAUAGCAUCUUCUGGGAGCUGAAAAGACCUAAGUAAGAAAAAAAAAUCAAAAUAAGGCAUUUUUUUCCUUUUGUUUCACGUUUGUGUUGGUGAUGGUAUGGAACUGUUUGCUGUGUUGUUUU